CCAGUUUGCAUAUACUACCGUAUGGGGCACGUUAAUUUCCCUAAAAAAGCACCCAAGGUAGACCGGUUUAUCUAUAUAACAUGUAAAAAAAUCAUUUGCGCUUGGUUAAUUUUAGGGGUUGUGUUAAUUGAGGUGUGCCGUAGAACUCCUCCGCGACAGUCAGCGCAGAAUGAGCCCCCUGUCCGCUUGGCUUUAGUUUACCCGGCUGGUUUCAACUUCGUGUUAGCUCGUCAGCUAAGUAGCUAACAGACGUUCUGUCGCAGUAUGCGGGUCGACUAGCAGUGACGGUUAAAACUUGGUUGUUUUGUGGAAGAGGCUCAGUGAGUUAGCCGCACUCUACCGUGUUUAUUUGCGUAUGUUUUAACCCUGCUCUCCGUUAAAGCGAAAUCAACGUGAUUCGAGGCGUAGCCUUUAGGACACCGUCAGAGACCCACCAGCCUAUCCCGGACGAUCAGUAGUCACACUGUUGAGAUGACAUCUACUUGUAACUUGUAGCUUAACGGCUGGCUUUGAAAACACUAUGGAUUGUAUUGGCAACUAGUUCGUUCUUUUUAAACCCACAAUGUAAGCUAUAUUGUCUCACAAACAAAGCAGCCGACUGAUAACCGAUAGGCUAGGUUAGCACGUAUGUUUUUUUAGUCCCGCGAACAACGAAAAGAGAAGACGCUCCGACAGGGCUACAGCAGCGCCCUUGUUUCCGUGCGGAGAAGUCGGUGUUCACCCUCCCCGUUAAGCGGAGCGUUUUUACGGGUUGAAGCACCCUAUGCCCGUGCCUACGCCCGUCUCCACAUCCUGAAGCCAGAGAGAGAGAGAGACGGAGGGAGGGAGGCAGUGGCAGCUCCGGGGUCCCCGACACGAAGCCGAGGAGAGGCAUCGCUGAAAUGAGAUGAGGCUCAGAAAUGGAACUGUGGCCACUGCACUUAUCUUCUUCACGUCUUUCCUUAGUCUCUCUUGGUAUACAGCGUGGCAGAAUGGCAAAGAGAAGCUGAUAGCGUACCAACGGGAGUUCCACGCUUUGAAAGAGCGCCUUCGUGUGGCAGAGCACAGGACGCUGCAGCGUUCGUCGGAGCUCAACAACAUUCUCGAGCAGUUCAGACGCGCCAUUGCUGAAACUAACAGCAGCAAAGAUGCCCUCACAAACUUCUCAGAUAGACAGACUCAUCUCUCAAAACCACCAGAUGAGACACAGAAACUCCUGAAGGAGUUAGCAAACAGGAAACCUCUUCAGGUGCCAAAUAUCUACCACCACCUGCCUCAUCUCCUCAACAAUGAGGGCAGCCUGCACCCCGCAGUGCAGGUUGGUCUUGGCCGCACUGGAGUUACCAUGGUGAUGGGGAUCCCCACCGUGAAGCGGAAGGUUAAGUCUUAUUUGUCAGAGACGCUGCGCUCGCUAAUAGACAAGCUGUCACCGGAGGAAAAACUCGACUGUGUCAUUAUAGUCUUUGUUGGGGAGACUGACCUGGAAUACGUUCACAGCGUGGUUGCUGGCUUGGAGAAAGAGUUUUCUACAGAGCUGAGCUCAGGCUUGCUGGAGGUGAUCUCCCCACCAGCUUCCUAUUACCCCGAUCUCAACAACCUCAAAGAGACUUUUGGAGACUCCAAAGAGAGAGUCAGAUGGCGUACGAAGCAGAACCUGGAUUAUUCUUUCCUCAUGAUGUAUGCUGUAAGCAAAGGAGUUUAUUAUGUCCAGCUGGAGGAUGACAUUGUGGCCAAGCCCAACUACUUUGCCACCAUGAAGAACUUUGCCCUGCAGCUGUCUUCAGAAGACUGGAUGAUCCUGGAGUUCUCUCAGCUUGGCUUCAUUGGAAAAAUGUUCCAGGCUCCAGACUUGAACCUUAUUGUUGAGUUCAUUUUUAUGUUCUACAAAGAGAAGCCCAUCGACUGGCUGCUGGACCAUAUUCUGUGGGUCAAAGUCUGCAAUCCUGAAAAAGAUGCGAAACACUGUGAGAGGCAGAAGUCCAGCCUUCGUGUACGGUUUAGACCUUCACUAUUUCAGCACGUGGGGCUCCAUUCCUCUCUCGCUGGAAAGAUUCAGAAACUUACAGACAAGGACUUCCUGAAGCCCCUUCUGCACAAGAUGCAUGUUAACCCACCUGCUGAGGUCUCCACUUCAAUGAAGGUUUAUCAGGGUCACACGUUGGAGAAGACGUAUCUAGGGGAGGAUUUCUUCUGGGCCAUCACUCCUACUGCUGGAGACUAUAUCCUGUUCAAAUUUGACAGGCCUGUUAGCAUAGAGAGGUUCCUGUUUCGCAGCGGUAACCAGGAGCACCCAGGGGACAAGAUCGAGAACACCACGGUGGAAAUACUGCCCGUCUCGGAAAGUGGACUUCAGACCAAAGACAAGUACAAGCGAACUGAAGAUCGCUUUUAUAGGAUCGGUCAGUUUGAAAAGGGUGUGGCCGAAGGGGCUGUAGAUCCUUCGCUGAAUCCUGUUGUUGCGCUCCGGCUUUCGGUUCUCAAGGACUCUGCUGUGUGGGCCAUUCUCAGUGAAAUACAUAUAAAAAGGGUAACAAGCUGAACGGUCCUGAGGGCCUACGUGAGUGAUGGCCCCUGGGGAACAGAGCCCCCCUAGGCUGCUUAUGCAGGGCCCCUGGCACCUAGCGACCAGCAGUAAAGUCAUUAGGGCUUAGAGUUGCUCGUCCGAGCUUGUCUGACGAAUGCCACCUGUUUGUCCCCCGCUCUCCCUAAUAUACUUUUGCUUCUCAUCAGUCUGUUUCUCCCCUUCUUCGUUCUUCUCUCCCUCACUCUUUUGCUCUUCGUUUAUUUGUGAGAAUGUGAAUACUACUGUCUGACAAACAACAGCGGAGUGUGUGAGGACUUUUGAUCCAUGCUCUGUUGUUAAGCAGCUUUUAAAACAAUCAGAAAAAAAAUACUGGGACAAAUUAAUCAAGCAUCUGAGGGAGAACCGGUCACCUGGCCACUGGUGUAGAUGCUGCCAAAUCCUUCAGUUACUCAAUGCUGCCACCUUUUGGGCGAGCUGGGGCAUUGCACUGUCACUAGCGCCUCAGCGAAGCCUGCCAUGAUCAAGAAUGUUGUCAUCACUAGUGGCCAGUUGCUCUCUGUUCUCUGCAGAGAUGACGGAGCUCCAGAUCAACACCAGCCCAAACAUUAGAAAAAAAUGUUUCCAUCUAGAAAGGUGUGGGUUCCAUUUAAAUGCUCAGCUUAUCCUGAAACACACACUCAGGAUGAGCUUACCGUUAAAAAGAUCCUGCCUGUAACCAGACGGUGACACCUUUGACCACAUGCCAGUAUCAGUGGUAACUACCCUACUCCAUGAAGACAAUGAAUACCAACACCUCUUAUCUGACAGGCUGUGUAUGACCUCAGUGUCCAUUUAUAGGAAAUCAAUCGGACAUUGCCUUGGCACCAUUUUCCUGAAGGAAUAUAUUGUUAUAUUGAUAUAUUAUUACAGCUACGACUGACGAUCUAUGAAGGUGAUUUAAUUUAUUUGAAAUAAAUCUUUAAUUUGUACAAGAGGUAAAAUAUAUUUUUAUUCUAUCAAGAGAUGUUUAUGGUAGUUCAGAGUCUGUGUCUUUGUGUACUUUUGUGCGUUUUUCUUUUCUUUUCUAAAUGCUAUUGUACAUAUUAUUUUCAUUAUAACAGCUACUUGCAGUUGCUUUCUCUGUCAGUACAAAUAGCUUGGUUCAGUUUCUUAUUGUUUCUCUCCUUUUGACGCAAAAUGUCAUAACUAAUUUAUUGGAACUGAUAAAAAAAAACAACUUGAUCGUAGGAAAUCUGCUGAACAAAGCUGUAGCUGUGUGGGUCGAAAUUGGUAAUAUGUGCCUUAUAUGUUGGUCCCUUGAAAGUAUUUAACGUUAUUCCCGCUCACGUUUGCCUACACGUCAAUUGCUGGAUAUACUAAUGUUUUGAAUAUUUUGAACCCACACAGUCCAAUUAGUGAUUGGAUGUCAACGACAAUAAUUGUGUGUUGUGCUGAAAGUGGUAAAUGAGCAGGGUUUGUGCCAGACGACCAUCUGAAACGGCGUGAUUUGCACUGCUUUCUUUUUUACAAUCUUAGCCUUCAUCGCUGUACCCAGUUUUCCAUUUUUCCCACGUUUUUUUCCUCCACAUUGCAAUUCGUUUGUCCAGUCAUGUGUCAGUUUUUUUUGAUUGGACAUAAUUUUAUGACUACUGAUAAUUGUGGAGAGUGCCACUGAUUGUAUAUAUAAAUACAGUAACAAUUUAUGUCUCUCUAUUACUUCCUCUUGCCUCUCUGAUAGUUUCUAGAAAUCAACUUGUAUUUGUGGCUGAUUUACUGAGUGGAAGCUGUUUUAAAGUGGAACUUCACUCAUUUUUACUUGUUAAAAGGGUUUUUUUCAAGGGGGUAGUGAAGUGCCUUUUGGUGGAAUCAAUAUGAAUAUUUUUUAAUUGACUAAUCACGCUUGUUCAUGUGCAUUAUUAUUAUUUGUAAUUCAUUAAAAAAUGCCUUUUGGGUCAUAGCAGGCUCCUCUGCCCCCUGAUCAAACCUGAGCUGACUAAAGAAAAGUGGUAAAUUCUUCACAUUUACAGAGGAGAUGGGAGAAAAUGCAACUCAAGUUGCUGUUUUGAGAGUUUGCUGCAUCCAUAUUUAAACAAACUGAAUGCAUGUAAACGGCAUGAAACGGUCAUUUGAUCCUUAGGACCCCGCUCCUUCCUGCAUUUGUAGAAAGUAGAAGGCAAACAGGAAAGGAGUGUUGCUUCACAGCUGCCGCUCACCUCCAAACAUCCAUCAGUUCAUGUGCCUUCAUCGUGUACAUGUGUAUGCCUGACUUGCAUCAUUUUUCAUUGGACAUCUUCCCAAAUAAAUGCUAAAGGUUGUUACGA